AUUUUGCUUCUGGGCAGUUCCUAAUGGACAUGGAAGAACACAAAAGCAUAUGGAAGUCGGAGGAGGAAGAAUCGAUGGUUUCGGUGACGGUGGGCAGAGUCAUGACUACUCUGCUUACUGCUCGACCUACUAAGCUCAUCGACUCCAUUUCUCAUCUCCAAUCAUCUCCCAACCCUCAUAAUCUACUUGCUCUUUCGUUGGAGAACUCGUUGCGGAUUCUUCACAAGUAUGUUAAGGAUGGAGCUGAAAAGGAAGAGCCUCUAGAUGCAAUUCUGAUUCCCAUGAUUGAACAUUCAUUAAGAUGUAAGGAGUCGAAAUACAAGAACCAGGAGAUGAUUAUUCUCAAUUGGCUCUUUCAAGACGAAGUUCUUUUUCAAGCAUUAGCAAGAAACUUUUCUGACAUUGUGCUGAGGAAAGAGGACCGUCAUAUUGCCUUGGGCUGGUGCAUCCUUGCACGCCAUCUCAUAGAGUAUGAUGUUACUAUGGGUCGGUUUUCAACAACUGGGAUAAAGGAAAGGUACACUGGACUCUUGGAGAACCUUUCCAUAUGCAGCACCCAUUUAUUGUCUCUAAUAAGCAAUGGGAGUACUUUGCAGGGUGGGUUUGAGUUACCAACUCGUCUUUCAGUGGCUGCUGCCGAUUGUGUUAUAGCCCUUAGCAUAGCUUUGACAAGAAAGGAGAUGGUUUCUGAAGCUUCAGAGAACACAAAAAAAUCAUCAAAACCUAGUCGACAAGACCUGCAAGGUAUAUCAGUAGUUGCUGUUGGUGGCCAGAGAAAAGCAAAGUCAAUCAGUCCAGCUUCUGAAGUCACAAGGGAUAUGAAAAUGAGCUUGUUGCUUUGGAAUCUUUUAGAUCGUCUCAUUAUGCUUGUGCAGAGACUCCAUGCUUGGAGCAGGAAAAGUCGUUCUUUGAAUGCAAAGGGAUUGGAAAGAGUUCUGAAAUGGUUGCAUGAGACAAAAAAGAAGUAUCAUUUUUCUCAAGAGGCAGGUCCGCCGAAGGUUAAAACUGGCAUGUUGCUUCUCUCAUCUUGUUGGAAACACUACGGCAUCCUUCUGCAUUUGGAAAAUCAUCGAAUUUCUGAUCGUCACAAUGAAUUGCUGGACCAGUACUUGGCCGGUAUUGAGUAUUAUGCAGGGAACUCCACCACAGAACACAGAGAUGAUAAGGACAGUGGAAUAGCAACCAUAAAUUUCUUCCUGAAUUGCUUAUUACUUCUGUUGGGGUGUUUUACUUCGAAGCAAUUUGAUACUGCCAUGAGAGAACACAGGCUGCAUAUUACUCGUGUUGUUGCAUCACAGCUUUGUUCAGCCGAUGAUGAUGUGAUUGAUGGCGCUGUUUCAAUCCUAAAGGCAACCAUCUUUGGCACAAACCAUCUUGCAUCUGGGUGCAGUCUUGUAGACAGUAAACAGAUGCAUUCUGUGUUACCUUUACUGCUAAAUCUUUUGGAUGAACGGGAUGGCACAGCCAGAGCUGUUGUAACAUUGAUUGCCGAAUUUUGUUCCAUGAGCGCAGAUAGAUAUUGCCUUGAAGAAAUUCUAAACCGUCUUGCUGGUGAAAAUAUCGCUCAAAGAAGGAAUGCUUUUGAUGUUCUUUCAGAAGUCAUCCACAUUUCAUCAGAUUCAGCAUCUACACUUUCACAUUCACUUUGGCAGGAAAUAGCAAACCAUUUGCUUGAUAUUCUCAAAGAUGAAGAUGAUAUAAUUCGUGCACAUGCAACCAAACUACUAACACUUAUUGAUCCUUCAUUGGUAUUGCCUGGAUUAGUUCAUCUAAUUUACUCAUCAGAUGCAACAUUACAUUCAUCUGCUGCUAGCACAUUACUUGGCGUUCUCACAUAUCACAACCAGAAACCUGAGAUUGUUUCCAUGGUGCUAGACUGUCUCAGUAAUCCCAAUGCAAGCUCAGAUUUUCAGAAGGCCACGACAAACUACAGAUUGGAAGGGUUUCAGGGGGAUGCUGAUAGAGUUCUCAAGUUGAUACCGGAAUGGUCAAGAUCUGUCAAAAAUUGGAAAUUAUUGGCUGGGCCACUGGUAGACAAGAUGUUUGCUGAUCCAUCAAAUCCGAUCAUCGUGAAGUUUCUAAGUUAUAUAAGUGAUCACUUAGCCGGAGUAGCGGAUGUAGUCUUCCAACGAAUUCUCUUACAUACAGAAUCACAAACAGAAAUCGAUGAAAGCUUCUUGAGUGAACUGGAUACAUCCUAUGCAGAAAACGAUGUAAAACUGCAGCAUUCUCUCUUUGAUCGACUUUGCCCACUGCUUAUCAUAAGGCUUCUUCCAUUGAGAGUUUUCAAUGACCUCAAAUCUUCUGUUGUUUAUGGUGAUAAAAAUGAAAUCAGUGGCUCUCAGUGUAUUGCAGAUCUCCUUCUGAAAAGGGCAUUCAACAAACUGGAAUUUGAAGAUGUUAGAAAACUUUCAGCUGAGCUCUGUGGGCGGAUUCACCCAAAUGUUCUCAUUCCAGCUGUUUCAUCUGAACUGGAAACUGCUACAAAUGAUCAUGAUAUAUUGAAGAUAAAAGCUUGUCUCUUUUCGAUUUGCACAUCCCUAGUGGUUAGAGGGAUGGAGUCCAUCGGUCAUCCUGGCAUGUCCCAACUUAGAGAAUCAAUAGAAACUGUUCUGUUAUGGCCUUCUGCGGACGGAGAUGAAGUUUCGAAAGCACAACAUGGAUGCAUUGAUUGUCUUGCAAUAAUGGUGUGUAUCGAGCUUCAAAAUUCAGAACCGUCGAGAAACUCAACCUUGAAGGAAACAAACAUUGUUCGAAAUGGAAAGAGCAACACUUCUAGAUUUCAUGCUUACGUGCUUGACCGACUGACUGGUGACGAGCACAAAUUAUUGUCCUCCAAUCCGGGGUCAGAUAAUCAUAUGUCAUCAAAACAGUUCCUCUCGUUUCGACUAUGCAUGGCCAAUGUCCUCAUCAGUGCUUGUCAGAAGAUUGCAGAUUCCGGCAAGAAACCAUUUGCUUUGAAAACUCUCCAAAGAAUUACUCACUCUGUUAGGAAUGUGAAGGAACCUGAGAUCAGAGCUGCAUGUAUUCAGGUUCUUUUCUCCAUCGUGUACCAUUUGAAGUCUGUCGUCCUUCCAUACUCUUCUGAUCUUCUCAAGGCCUCGUUGGAAUUUCUAAAGCAUGGCUCCGAAAUGGAAAGGAUGGGCGGUGCCAAGUUACUAGCAUCGUUGUUGGCAAGCGAGGAGGCGGUUGUGCAAAGUAUUUCAGAGGGGUUGUUAGAAGCAAGAACCCUACUUUCAACAAUAUCUCUAACAGAUUCUUCAUCAACUGUUAGACAAUUGUGCACACAAUUGCUUGCAUGCAUGACUUCUCCUUAGAUCUUGUGGAAAAAGGGUUUUAUGUUACCUUUUGGAACGGCCCAUCAUGCCUGUCCCAUGGACAUCAUUAUCAUGAUGUACCAGGACAAGUGGACGGAGCCGUUUUACAUUUUCCCUUUUUAAGAUUCUUGUAAAUAUAGGACAUGAACCUGGUACAGAUAUCCAAAAAGUUAUUUUUAGAUUUUUUCUUUCC